UCGAACUGGCUCCAGGUCCGGCUGGGAGGCUCCGGAGCUUGUAGCGGGGACGGGCGCGCUCCUCCUCUGCCCGCCAGGAGAGGGGCUGCAGCAAGGAGGGGAGGCUGCAGCUCUUGCUGCGAAGUGAAGCUUCGCAUCGCUUCCCUGCUCCUCUGCUCGCCCCCGGGCUGGGAGCGCAGCUGGCUUAGCCCUGGCACCUCGCUCACAGGUUAUGCUAAAGGAGAAGCGCGGGGUCAAGAACCUCCUCCUCUCCCCGCAGCUGGGGUGACCAGACGUCUGCAUGUUAGGGACUUUAGCUUAUAUACAGUACGCAGCUAGCGCCCCUUCCCCCUCCCCUCCGAAAAGUCCUGAUUUGUGGUAGCUGAAUUUCUGAGCUGAGGUGCAACCUUCUUCCGCCUCCACCCUUUCCCAGUAUUACAUAAACUAAUCCACACGCAGCACCUCGGCAUGGGUAUCUGGGCUCGAGUGAGCGUCUUGGGCACCCUGGCUUUCUAUGUGCACCAGAAGAGGGUAGCCCUGGCUGAGUUGAGAACGGACAAAACUCAGUACAGCAGCGAUCGCCAUCGGCUGGAGCUGAAGUUGGUCCAGGUCAUAUUUCGGCAUGGAGCUCGCACUCCUUUAAGACCUAUCCCGAAACCGGAGCAGGUGGAGUGGCAUCCAACUCUGUUAGAAGUCCCUGCUCAAACCCAGUUUGAUUACGCAGUAACUGACCUCUCUGGUGGGCCAAAACCCCACUCCCCUUAUGAAGAUCAAUACAAAAAGACCACACUGAAGGGUGGUGUCAUUGCUGGGCAGCUGACAACAGUGGGGAUGCAGCAAAUGUUUGAACUAGGGGAAAGGCUGAGGAGAAGCUACGUGGAGAAGAUCAACUUUCUAUCUCCGAUGUUCAAACCUUCUGAGGUCUUCGUCCGUUCCACUAAUAUUGUUCGCAAUCUGGAGUCCACGCGGUGUCUGCUGGCUGGGCUGUUCCAACAGCAUAAAGAAGGACCCAUUACUAUCGUCACUGAUGAAGCAAGCACUGAAAUCCUCUACCCCAAUUACGAGAACUGCCAGCGCCUGAAGCAUCUGAGCAGGGGUAAAAUGGAAAGUGUCUUGUUGCAGCCGGGCAUCUCUGAUGAUCUGAAAAUGAUUCGAGAGGAGAUGGGGAUCAACAGUGAGAAGCCUGUGGAUUUUUUUCUUCUACUAGACAACAUCUUUGCUGAGCAGGUACAUGACUUGCCCAGCUGCCCUGUGCUGAAGAAUUUCCUGAAAACGAUUGAGCGUCGAUCCAUCGACUCAAUGAUUUACAUCCUGGAACAUAAUUCAAGGGAGGUUCUCCAGAUGUGUGUUGGUCCUCUUCUCUAUGCUGUACAUGAGAAUAUAAUGAAAGCAAUGGAUCCAUCAUCUCCUGCUACAGAGGCCAGAAAGCUCAUUCUCUAUGCUGCUCAUGAUGUUACCCUCAUUCCUCUGUUGAUGGCACUGGGGAUCUUUGAUCACAAGUGGCCACCCUAUGCCGCAGAUGUGACAGUGGAACUGUAUCAGCAUCAGCAAUCCAAAGAAUGGUUUGUACAUCUGUCUUACCAUGGAGAGGAACAAUUGGUGAGAGGAUGCAGAGCAGGUCUCUGCCCGCUGGAGGAAUUUCUAAAUGCUCUAUCACACUAUGCUGUAAGUCCAGAGGAGUACAGUGUCCUUUGCUCCCAGAUGGACAAGAACCAAACUAAUUCAUAAGUAGUAUUUAAAUAAAACUCAGUUUCCUGCCUUCAA